UACAAGAGUAUCUUUUGGAAAUGUAAAGAAACCUCUCAUUAAACACAUUAUUUAAAUAAUUUUACUAUAAAAUAAUAAUAUAUAAAAUAAUAUAUGGAAAGCUGAUAUGUCAAAAUUACCAAAGGCAGCACUCAGUUUGAAGCAGUUCAUGCUGCGCCAGGAAGUCCUGAAGCUCUACCGGGAGAUCUUCCGCACAAUUCGCCAGGUUCCCGACAAGAACAGCCAGGCGGAGCUGCGUUCCUGGGCGCGCCAUGACUUCCAUACGAAUCGCAACCAAAGCGACGAGGUGGCCAUCAAGAUGCUCAUCCAGCAUGGAAGACGCAGCCUCACCGAGCUCCGAACCAGCCUUCAGCUAAGCGGGGUAAACGAGGGAAAGUAAAGCGACAGAUAUUAGCUUAAGUUUUGAUUUUAUUUUUGAGCUUGACAACCGGUACGAAAAAAUAAAUACAUACGAGUUAA